GUGUCCCCGAUGGACCCACCACUUAAUAAAACCAGCGUAUCUCUCUAAUAUCAGUUAGGUUCCAGAAAAUCAGGAAAACGACAUGUUUCUCUCCCGCGUUACAACAGAUUGCCGCCAAAAUCUCUUGCGUGGCUUCAUCCUUUCUCCUACCGAUCUAUUCCAUUGUUCAUUGUAGCCCCUGGAUCACAGGAGAAUAGAUCAAGAUUGAUAGAAAUUUAUUCCUCUGCGUGGAUCAACAUCUACAGUGUUCUUCAGCAUGGACGGAGCUCUUCACAGUUCAUUGUCCAGAGAUCAUGAGACCACAAAUGUGGGAGAGGCAGGUGGAAAUACAAAUGAUUACUACAUCAAAAGGUUAAAACCAGAGAUAGGAAUGGAAUUUGAGAAUGAUGAUAUAGCAUAUGAGUUUUACAAUACAUAUGCAGGACAUGUAGGUUUCAGUGUCAGGAAAUCUUGGCAUGAUAAAUCCUCGACGACUAAUGUUAUUCGAACAAAGAAAUUUGUAUGCUCAAAGGCAGGUUACAAGGACAAGAGCAAGGAACAAUGUCAGAGAAAGAGAGCAGAUACAAGAGUUGGUUGUCUGGCAGAGAUGACCAUCAAAAUAAGUGCUAACGGAAAAUAUGUUGUAAGCAGCUUUGAGGAUGCUCAUAAUCAUGAACUCGUAACUCCAAGCAAAGCCCAUCUACUGCGAUCCCAGAGAAAAAUUACAGAAGGUCAAAAGGCCCAAAUUGACAUAUUGAAUGAUUCAGGAAUUAGACCAAAAUCUGGUCAUGAAGUGAUGAGUAGACAAGCAGGGGGUCGACAGUGUCUUAGCUUCGGUCAAAAAGAUUAUAAAAAUUAUCUCCGAUCAAAGCGUAUGCAAUCCAUCCAAGAAGGAGACACGGGUGCCAUUCUUCAAUACCUUCAGGACAAGCAGAUGGAAAAUCCUUCCUUCUUUUAUGCAAUACAAGUAGAUGAAGAUGAGAUGAUAACCAAUAUAUUCUGGGCAGAUGCAAGAUCAAUACUAGAUUAUCACUACUUUGGUGAUGUGGUAUGCUUUGACACAACCUUUAAGACAAAUAGUUAUGGCAGACCAUUUGCCCCUUUUGUUGGUGUCAACCAUCAUAAACAAACAGUGGUUUUUGGAGCUGCAUUAUUGUAUGAUGAAACAUCUGAGACUUUUGAAUGGUUGUUUGAAACAUUCAAAAGGGCCAUGUCAGGAAAAGAACCAAAGACAAUAUUGACCGAUCAAUGUGCUGCCAUUAUUAGUGCCAUUGGCAAGGUUUUUACUAAUUCAAUACAUCGUCUAUGUGUGUGGCACAUGUAUCAGAAUGCUGCAAAACAUUUGAGUCAUGUUUUCCAAGGUUCAAAGACAUUUAAGAAAGAUUUUGGCAAGUGUGUUUAUGAUUUUGAAGAAGUUGAUGAAUUCUUAGCAGGUUGGAAUGAUAUGCUAGUGAAAUAUAAUUUGGAAGAUAAUGAAUGGCUACAUAGAUUAUUCCAGAACAAGGAGAAGUGGGCUUUGGUUUAUGGUCGACAAACCUUCUGUGCAGAUAUGAAAUCCACACAAAGAAGCGAGAGUAUGAAUGCACUAUUGAAACGAUACCUGCAUGUACGCCUUGAUUUAUUAGAUUUCUUCAAGCCCUAUGAGAGGGCCGUGGAUGAUAGAAGGUAUGCUGAAGUGGAAAGUGAUUUCUAUGCGAGUCAAACAUCACCGAAGGUGCCAUAUGUGCAGAUGCUGAUACAUACUUUGAAAGUAUAUACACCUGCUAUGUUUGAGAUAUUUAAAGGAGAAUUUGACAUGGUAAUGGGAUAUUGUGUGUACGAGAAUGGUCGUACUGGCUCUAUUUCUGAAUUCAAGGUUACCCAUUCAGCUAGCCAAAAUCGUCAUACUGUGAAAUUUGAUCCCAAUGGAUCAAAAGUUUCAUGCUCAUGCAAAAAGUUUGAAUUUGUUGGGGUAUUGUGUCGUCAUGCAUUGAAGGUGUUGGACCACAACAAUAUCAAGGAGUUGGCACUAGAAUAUAUCUUGAAAAGAUGGACAAGGCGAGCAAAAUCAGGGCCAUCAGAAGCAAUUCAAAAGUGCUCUGAUGAUGAAGAUGCAAGAGUUGUGCUAGCUAGACAGUAUGGAUCACUAUGCCGCACUUACAAUAACAUUUUGAGCAAAGCAGCAGCAAACAAAGAGGCAUAUGCACUAUUGCAAAGUAUGUCAAUUGAACUAAUGGAAAAGGUGGACCAAAUUUUACAUGGAAAUCAAUCAAAAGAUGAAUCACUAAAUCAUGAACAAGCAAAGAAGCAACCAGUUGAAUGCAACAUUGAGAAUGUAGUCCAAGCACAGGGAAUAAAGAGAAAAGAACCAGGAAGUAGCAACAAGAGGAUUAAAUCUGGACUGGAAUUGAACAAUAAGAAUAAACGUAAUACGAAAGGUCAAGGAGCAACAUGCAAGAACAAGAGUGGUGAUUGUGCUUCUGCAUCAUCUGAAGCAAAUCCUAGCUUCAAUGUACCAAAUAAGAAUAAACGUAAUACGAAAGGUAUGGUAUUGCACAAGAAGUAGCAACAUAAAUAUUUGUUCAUGUUAUUGAAAUAGACCUAACAAAUUCUUUUGCGAAUAGGUCAAGGAGCAACAUGCAAGAAUAAGAGUGGUGAUUGUGCUUCUGCAUCAUCUGCAACAAAUCCUAGCUUCAACAUAUCAAAUGAGAACUAUAAUUUGCAAGUAAUGCAGCAUGCUAUGCAUCCACUACCAAAUGUUGCUAAUCACAAUUUGCAAGUAUUGCAACAUGCUAUGCCUCCAGUACCAAAUGUUGCGAAUUACAAUCUACAAGUAUUGCCGCGUGCUAUGCCUCCGUUA